UUCGUACAGCACGAUAGCCACCACCAAGCUGAAAAAUUGUUUGCUCGCCGUCAUGAAGGUCUGUAUGGGAGAUUUACUGUCCGAAAGCGCGAUCAAACAGGGUCUUAACGCCACCUUCAAGGAAAAAGAUUUCUGCGAGAAAGGUUUUUUGGAACUCGAGAUGCCACCAAACAAUGCGUUUUGUCCCGCAUCAUUUAACAAUGAUGCAAACACUUGUGUGCGAUCCUUUCGACAAAAAUAUAUCAAGGACAAAUCAGAUCCUGCUCUUUGCUCAGGAUAUGCUGAAGCAAAGAAGUGUUUGAAAAACCUGAUCGAUUCUAACUGCAACUACCCACCCAGUGGCAAGGAAAUUUUCGACAUGACUCUCAGUGUCUACAAUCCUUUUUGCUCAGACAAUCGAGACCCUGGGGCGACCGGAAAUAAUCCAUGCGAUGGCGUGCCAGAUAAGACCGGCGACGGACUGAAAUAUUUCAAUGCUGCCGCUGGAAUCAAGCCGCGUGUACUGCAGGCGUUACUUUUUGCUUGUUUUUUGUUGCUGUUCUUUUUUAAAGCUUAAAAGAGCCUAAGCAUCUUUUUUAUCUCGAUUUACAGAAAAUUUUCUAGUCUUAAAGGUUUUAAUUAGCCUAAUUAAAGGAACAACAUCAACUAUACAGUAACUUUUGUAACAAGA